AUGAUCCAGCUUGAAUCCAGACAAGCACAAGGAUUUGUCAUGAUACGGAGACGAGCUUUGGUUCCACUGCAAACAACAGAUCCUUUUCUGUUGGACAAUGCGUGGAAAGAACGACCUCUCGAUGCACCACUUGUACGGCCAAAACCAUCUUUCUGUCGUGAUCGACUCCGAAUGUUCUUGUCUCCUUCCACAAUGACAUUCUCGUUGACACGGAUCGUCUUGUUACGAGCACUGGCGUUGGUCUAUUUUGUGGCCUUUACUGUGGCACUGCGACAGAACAAGGCAUUGAUUGGAGAUGAUGGAAUCACUCCAGCCCGCUAUGAACUCCUGGAAGCCCGUCAACGAGCUGUUGAGCGCAAGAAACAACGGGAUCAGUGGUUGGAUGGGCUGCUGGGAGACACGAGAAAGAAGCGAUCUCCCCUGACCACUUUCAAGCUGCGAAUCCAAAAACAUGCAAUCUACCAGAGACUUCGAGAAGUACUAUGGGAUCGAGCGGAUCGCAUGGGGCGACCACUGAUGAGCGUCUUUUGGUUGGCAGGCAAAAACAACUAUGAGCGUUUGAAUCCUUGGCUUGAUGCAGUUGCCGUGAUGGGCAUGACAUUGUCUGGAUUGGUGGGAACCCUGGGAGCCGCCAACGUCCCCAUCUUGUUGACGCUUUGGAUCUGUCAACGAUCUCUCAUGUCCGUAGGUGGUUGCUGGUAUGGCUUUGGAUGGGAACCUCAAUUGGCCGAGAUGGGCUUUCAUGCACUCUUUUUGGUACCACUGCUGUCCCUCCAACCCAUUCCACUGUCCAAUCCGACACCACACAGUAUUGUCAUUUGGUCCUUUCGAUGGUUUUUGUUUCGCAUCAUGAUGGGAGCUGGAUUGAUCAAGUUCAAAAGUAACGAUCGAAAAUGGAAGGACUUGACCGCCAUGAAUUACUUUUACGAAACACAACCCGUCCCCAGUGUCUUGACACGGACCAUGCAUUUCAUGCCCACGGCAUUUCACAAGUUUGAAGUACUCAUCAAUCAUUUUGUUGAAGUGGUGGCUCCAUGGUUCUUGAUACUCCCAUUCGUGCCAUGCCAGAUUCGACGUGCUGCCGGUCUGAUUCAAAUUAUCUUUCAAUUGGUACUCAUUAGCACGGGCAAUUUGAGUUUUCUGAAUUGGCUCACCAUGAUUCCGGCCAUUGCCUGUCUCGAUGAUGCCUGUUUACGACGACUCUUUGCACCCUCCCGGGUGGUGGAAGCUUCCAUUAUGGCAGCAGUCGCCAAGGCGCCGACGAUUCCGGUCGUCCCAGUGCUGUUUGGCGCCUUGGUCACAUGGCUGAGUGUCCCCGUGGUGCAGAAUUUGCUCGCAAAACGACAACAAAUGAACGCCUCGUUUGAUCCACUCCGAUUGAUCAAUACGUAUGGCGCCUUUGGCGUGGUCGAUGAAGUGCGAGAAGAAUGGAUCAUUAGUAGUGCGGCGUCCCGAGACAUGGAGGAGGAAUGGAAAGAGUACGAGUUCAAAGUCAAACCGGGCAAUGUCCACAGGAAGCCGCGAUGGAUUACACCCUAUCACUACCGAUUGGAUUGGCAAAUGUGGAUUGCUUCUUCCUGUCGAACGCUCGACCGCAGUCCUUGGUUGUAUCGGUUCUUGAUCAAAUUGUUACAGAGAAACCAGGGAGUCCAAGACUUGUUGGCCGAGGAUCCAUGGAAGGACAGCACACAAGCCCCCAAAUACAUUCGGGUAGAUGCCUACAAGUACAAGUUCCACCGUCCUGGUGAAGCGAAGGACGGUGGCUACUGGGAGCGGGAGUUUGUGAGGCGUGUGUAUCCGCCCCAGGGCGCGGCGACUCUGGAAUCGCUGCAAGAGGAGAUUCAAGCCAGUCAACCGGGCCGACCAAUCUGA